UCAAUUGAAUCAAAUUAACCAACAUGUAUUCCAAUAUACUAACAUUGAGCGCCGUAUUGGUGGUUGCAUCCGCUGGACUCGUCCCCGCUGCUCACUACAGCCCAGCUUCCGCUGUCUCCUCCCAGAGCAUUGUUCGUCACGAGCAGCCCAUCGCCGUAGCUGCACCAGUCGCCUACCACUCAGCUCCCGUCGCCUACCAAGCUGCCCCCAUCUCCUACCACACCGCCCCCGCUCGCUACUCCUCUGCCGGCGCUGUCUCCUCUCAGAACAUCGUUCGUCACGGCAGCUCAGCCGCAGUGCUCGCCGCGCCCGUCCACUACGCCGCCCCCGCGCCGGUCGCCAUCGCUCACGCCGCCCCCGCCCAGGUCCACACCGUCGUCGAGGAGUACGAUGCGCACCCCAAGUACGACUUCGCCUACUCCGUAGCGGACGGCCACUCCGGUGACAACAAGUCUCAGCACGAGAGCCGCGACGGCGACGUCGUGCACGGAGAGUACUCGCUGCUGGAGGCUGACGGUUCCGUGCGCACAGUCCAGUACACCGCUGACCCGCACAACGGAUUCAACGCCGUCGUCAGCAACUCCGCUCCCGCUCAUCAAGCCGCUCCCGCUCAUGGCCCCGUCUAUGCUGCUCGUCACUAAAUUCUUAGAUAGACCAAAUACUAAUUAAUUAACAACGAAUCUUAUUUAUAAUAAAGAAAAGCAGUAAACUUUC